AUGGACCCCAGAAUUGAGUGCAGACCAACAGCGACACCGGAGCUGCGGGACCAAAUGGCCAGGAUCGGAUGUAGGCAGCAGGGGAACCGGGCAGCGUGGACAGGGAGAGCCAGGGACACCAUGACCAAAGACCAGUCACCAAACACCAGCACCACAUCCCCAAGGAGCCCGCAGCAGCACAGGAUGCUCGUACAACCCGAGACCAAAGAUCUUAAGUUCGUCUUACAUGACUUCAAAAAGCAUAAGGUAACCAAUUGUCCUGAGAGUGAAGGACAAAUUCAGAUGAAGUGUAAAAGUCUGCUUUCCAGAUUGAAGACGCGGCACCUGGGACCCGCUCCGUCCUUGAAAGUAGAACAGAAAUAUAAUAAACUCCACCAGCCGUUUUUUCAGAAGUGGUCAGAAUUGAUGGCCAAAAUCCCAAAUUUUUGGGUAACAACAUUUGUCAACCAUCCACAAGUGUCUGCACUGCUGGGGGAGGAAGACGAAGAGCUGCAUUACCUGAACAGAGUUGAAGUGACAGAAUUUGAAGACAUAAAAUCAGGUUACAGAAUAGAUUUUUAUUUUGAUGAAAAUCCUUACUUUGAAAAUAAAGUUCUCUCCAAACAAUUUCAUCUGAAUGAGAGCGGGGAUCCAUCUUCAAAGUCCACUGAAAUCAAAUGGAAAUCUGGAAAGGAUUUGACAAAGCGCUCCAGUCAAACGCAGAAUAAAGCCAGCAGGAAAUGGCAGCAUGAAGAGCUUGAGAGCUUCUUCACUUGGUUCGCUGACCACUCAGACGCCGGUGCAGACGAGCUGGGAGAGGUCAUCAAAGACGACAUCUGGCCAAACCCCUUGCAGUACUACCUGGUGCCUGACAUGGAUGAUGAGGAAGGAGAAGGGGAAGAGGAUGAUGAUGAUGAUGAAGAGGAGGAAGGAUUGGAAGAUAUUGAUGAAGAAGGGGAUGAGGAUGAAGGGGAAGAAGACGAAGAUGAUGAUAAAGGGGAAGAGGGAGAGGAGGAUGAAGGAGAAAAUGACUAAUAGAAAACACUGAUGGAUUCCAACUUUUUUUUUUUU